CUAUCCAUAUUGUUUACCGUUGUGCGACUCACAAUCCCGGGAACUUUUAUUAGGAAGGCUCUCAUAUCCACUGCCAUUACCUUCGGUGUUGUAUGGGCUCUACUUUUUUCACAAGUGUUGUGGAUUUGUGAAACCCAGCCCGGCUGGAAAAUACAACCACAUCCGCAAUGCGAUCUCGGCAGAAGUGUUGCGAUAGCGCAGAUAAUCACCGACGUUCUAGGAGACACUGUCCUCAUCUUCGCUCCAUUCUCCCUCAUUUACAGAAUCAGAUUGUCGAGCCCGCAAAAAAUACGGGUACUAGCCGUCUUCUCUGCAUCAAUGAUAACCACGAUCGUCAGUCUCACCCAUGCAUAUUACAUCUCCUCUAAUGGAGGGACAAAGGAGGUCAUGGCUGGUGUAGUCGAGGCUUCCGUGUCUCUAAUCGUCGCUAAUUUGAGCGUCGUCGUCGCUUUCUUCUUCCGUUUGAGUGCAGAAGAUGAUUCGACUCCGGUGUCCAUCGUAACUUUCGGAUCACAGCCUAAAAAGCGCGUUCGCGACCCUCUCGCUACGACUAUUACAGGUGCUGAAUGUAUUCCGACCGUACUGGAGGACCUCUCUGAGUCGCAUCCCCGUUCCCUCAAGACCGAGGAGCUUACUUUGGACAUUAAGAAGGGAUAA